AUGUUCUCGCUUCCCCGUCAGGCUGUCACGGUGAUGGUGCCGUCGAAGACGCCGUCGCUGGAAGGCGAUCGUCUCCGGCUGCGUCCCGUCACCGACGCCGAUAUUCCAGCUAUCUUUGCGAUUCGGUCUCGACCGGAGGUUGCGAAAUUCAAUCACCCCAAAGCGCCCUUUCAAACCAUUACGGAAGCCCGAGAAUGGCUGACCUCCAAAACAUUUGCCACGGGACCAUCCGAGAUUGUCGGUCGGUCUUUUGCGCUGGCCAUUGUGGAUAAGUCGAUUGCCGCUGCACAGGAGACCAUGGUGGGCUAUGUGAGCAUCAACACGCUGGACCCGUGUCCACAAAUCGGCUACUCGGUGCUCCCCGAACACUGGGGAAAAGGAUAUGCAACAGAGGCCGUGCAGAUGAUGUUGCGGCUGUGGUGGCAGCUUCCUCGGCGGGAAUUUCCGAGCAUGUUCUCCCGCGACGAGGACGACGAGGUCGAGAAGGUCUAUGCAAUCUGCGAGAAGGAGAAUCAUGGCAGCUGCCGGGUGCUGACCAAGUGCGGCUUUGAGCAGAUUGACGAAAUCCGGUACGAGGCCGAUGAGCUGUAUUUCUGGGCUGCGUGCAGGCCGUGUACUGAUUAA